GCUGUCGUCCACUCCGACGGAGUUGCUCGUAAGGGGGCAAGUCGAGGGGUGUUCCCGUGUUUCACUCGGAGCGAGAGGGUCCUGGGUCACUUAUUGGCUCGCUUGACAGUUGACAGUUGGCCCGGACGAGAGCGCUGAAGGUGAACAUUGAAAUAUGCGGCGCGGCUGUUUGGUGGUCGUGUGACAAUAUUAGCAUAUUAGCAUCAUCGACUUAACAGCGUUGCUCCGGUCCACCGAGCUGUUGUGUGGACAACUCGACAACAACAGACGGUGGAUGUUGGUGGUGGUAAAUGGCCUGUAUUCUGCUGAAAAACAUGAACCCAUCCACGACCAGAACCAAAGCACCUCAUAAUAGCCUCCCCCCUGACCACAAGGCACCGUCUGGACCUGAUCCAAAGCAGAAUAGCACAUGCCUAAGUGUCCACCUUUACUACGUGGGUCAGGGUGGUGGAGGAGAGGAGUGCAUACUCACAUACCCGCCUGGCGAGUACGUAGCAGAGGAGCUUUGCAUCCUCGCAGCCAAAACUUGUGGUAUUACACCAUUGUAUUUCAACUUGUUCAGCCUCAUGAGGGAAAGUGACCAGAUGUGGUUCCCAGCCAAUCAUGUCUUUAAACUGCACCAAGAGGCCAGUGAGAACCUACACUUCAGAAUCAGGUACUACUUCCCUGGCUGGUACAACAGUAGUAGUUCCUCAUAUGCUCACCGCUGUGGGAUUUCCAAGGCCAUGGAGAGCCCUGUGAUGGAUGAGUGCGUUAUGGCAUAUCAAUUUUUCCAGUGGCGUCGUGACUUUCUUAAUGGUAGGGUUGUCAUUCCAAUGAGUCACGAAGCCCAGGAGGAGUGUCUGGGCAUGGCAGUACUAGACAUGAUGCGUUUGGCUAAAGAGAGUGGUCAGUCACCUGUGGCCAUCUACAAUGAUACCAGCUACAAAUCUUUGCUGCCAAGCUGCAUACGAAGUCGCAUACAGGAAUACAACAUCUUGACUCGGAAGCGAAUCCGCUUCCGGUUCAAGAGGUUCAUCCAGCAGUUCAGCGAGUGCAAAGUCACGGUGUGUAAACUUCGCCUCAAGUAUCUGAUGAGCCUGGAGGUACUACUUCCAUCGCUCUACUCGGAGCGCUUCCACGUCAAGGACCUGUCUGCACAUGAUGUUACCAUCGUCGUCAUGGGCAACAAGGGCAUCCAGUGGUCAAAAGGGAAAAUGGAGGGAGCAGAGGAGGAGCUGCAGACAUACUGUGAUUUCCCAGAGGUGAUAGACAUCAGCAUUAAGCAGUCCAAUAAGGAAGGCUCAGUGGAGAGUCGCAUAGUUACUCUCACAACACAAGAUCACCAGAUCCUGGAGCUGGAGUUUCACUCUCUCUCGGAGGCUUUGUCGUUUGUAUCAUUAGUGGACGGAUAUUACAGACUUGUUGCAGAUGCUCAUCAUUAUCUUUGCAAAGAGGUGGCCCCUCCAAGGCUUCUGGAGGGCAUUCAGAGCCACUGUCAUGGCCCUGUGUCGAUGGAGUAUACCAUCGCUAAGUUGCGUCGCGCCGGCAACCGCCAAGGGUUGUACAUGCUGCGCCGUAGCCCCAGAGCCUAUGAUAAGUUCUUUAUGUCCUUUGUUGUGGGGUAUGAUGCUAUGAUGGACUACAAGCACUGUAAGAUUGUGAGGAGCGAGUCAGGAGAGUACAUUCUGAGCGGUGCCAAGAGAAGCUUCGACACGCUUGGGGAACUUCUCAGCUGCUACCAAAAGGAAGCGCUUCGCACAGACGGAUACACAUUUCAGCUAACCAAGUGCUGUCCGCCCACUCCCAAAUACAAAUCCAAUCUGCUGGUAUGUCGUAAUAACCAAGUGCCAGAGGUUCUUCUGUCUCCGUCGCUACAAAAAAGCAUCAGCCAGAUGGUUUUCCACAAGAUCAGAAAAGAGGAUCUCGUCAUCGUAAGGCAGCCACCUUCGCUUUCUGGGACUCCUGUCGGGCAAUUAACACAAUAUACUAACAAAACUACACGAAGUGAAAGUCUUGGCCAAGGUACGUUCACCAAGCUCUUCUCCGGCGUGAGGAAGGAGCUCGGAGACUACGGAGAGAUUCAUCAGAUCGACGUGGUUAUCAAAAUCUUGGACAAAGCUCAUCGCAGUUACUCAGAGUCAUUCUUUGAAGCAGCCAGCAUGAUGAGCCAGCUCUCCCACAAGCACUUGCUCCUCAACUAUGGUGUAUGUGUUUGUGGAGAUGAGAACAUUAUGGUUCAGGAAUACGGUAAAUUUGGCUCUCUCGACACUUAUUUGAAAAAGAAUAAAAGUAGCGUCAACAUCACAUGGAAGCUGGAGGUAGCCAAGCAGCUGGCCUGGGCCAUGCACUACCUGGAGGAUAAGAAUGUUGUCCACGGGAAUGUUUGUGCCAAGAAUGUUCUGGUGAUCCGAAAGGAGGACCGGAAGACAUGCAGUCUGCCUUUCAUCAAGCUCAGCGACCCUGGCAUCGGCACCACUGUUCUGCCCAAAGAAGUUCUGGUGGAGCGUAUCCCGUGGGUGCCCCCAGAAUGCAUCGAAAACUCACAAAAUCUGAGUUUGGCCACAGAUAAGUGGGGCUUCGGCACCACCCUCUGGGAGAUCUGCAGUGGUGGCGAUAAACCACUCUGCACCCUUGACUGCUGCAAGAAGAUUAUGUUCUACGAAGACAGACACCAGCUGCCAGCUCCCAAAUGGACCGAGCUGGCCAAUCUGAUUAACAGCUGUAUGGACUACGAGUCGUCACACCGACCCUCUUUUAGGGCAGUCAUUAGAGACCUAAACAGUCUCUUUACCCCAGACUACGAGCUUUUGGUGGAGAGCGACAUGGUGCCUGCAAGGAUGCGAGGCUUUGGCUUCCCGUGGGCUUCCGAGAGCCAGGAGCCUGCUCAGUUUGAGGAGCGACACCUCAUCUUCCUCAAACAGCUGGGCAAAGGGAAUUUUGGCAGCGUGGAGAUGUGCCGGUACGAUCCCCUGCAGGACAGCACAGGGGAGGUGGUGGCCGUUAAGAAACUCCAGCACAGCACGGCGGAGCACAUCCGGGACUUUGAGCGCGAGAUUGAGAUCCUCAAGUCUCUCCAUCACGAGAACAUUGUCAAAUAUAAAGGAGUGUGCUAUAGUGCAGGACGGAGAAACCUACGCCUGAUUAUGGAGUAUCUUCCCUACGGCAGUUUGAGGGAUUAUCUUCUCAAAAACAAAGUCCACUUUGAUUCCAAGAAGCUGCUUCUCUAUGCGCUACAGAUUUGCAAGGGUAUGGACUACCUGGCCACAAUGCGUUACAUCCACAGAGACCUGGCUACUAGAAAUAUUCUGGUAGAGAGCGACAUGAGGGUGAAGAUUGGUGACUUCGGUCUGACCAAGGUGCUGCCCCAGGACAAAGAGUACUACACUGUGAGGGAGCCCGGAGAAAGCCCCAUCUUUUGGUAUUCUCCAGAGUCACUUACAGAAAGCAAGUUUUCGGUGGCUUCAGAUGUUUGGAGUUUUGGUGUGGUCCUCUAUGAACUUUUUACUUACUGUGACAAAGGCAACAGCCCACCUGCGGUGUUUAUGGAGCAGAUGGGAAAUGAAAAACAAGGACAGAUGAUCGUUUAUCAUUUGAUCGACCUGCUGAAACAAGGCUAUCGCUUGCCUGUGCCGGAUAAUUGUCCGAAGGAGAUGCACCAGAUGAUGACCGAGUGCUGGAGCGGUGACCCGGGACACAGGCCCACUUUCCAAAUGCUGAUCCGCAGAGUGGAGAUGGCACGAGACAACAUGGGCACGCGAGGCGCGUUCACCGGGGAAGUCUCGAUGUUGUCGCGAUGAUGCAAACAAACUAUUCCGAUCACACCAGGCUGAUAUCCACUUACUUGUCACGGUGUCGCCACAAGUGAUGUGAGGACUUCAUAAACACUACACCUUGACUCCAAAGAACAUUCCCGACUGCCUUUAAAUAUUCUUUUUAUACAUGUUAUUCUACAUGGGAAUUUUUUUUUAAAGAUGGUCAUUUCUUUUGUAAAAUAUGGUUAUAUUGUACUUGUGUAUGAUGUGUAAUGUUUGCAUCCUUCCUUGGCUUUUAUGUUGUCCUUUUUUUUUUUUUUUUACUUUUUUGUAACAAACAUCCCACCUGAUGAAAGCAAAACCUUGGCAAAGGCAAAAUUGUACAGUAAAUCCAGAAUGUAUUUAAGUGCUUCCCUUUUUCUUGAUGUUACAGCCUUAUUCCAAAAUACUUAUGUACAUGUGAGAUUUUUGUUACAUAUUUUUAAUACACAUCUUAAAAAAACAAAAACAACAACAACAAAAAAACCUUAGGAACUGCAAAGAGCAAACGUGUGCCAAGCUCAUAGCAUAUUCAAAAAGAUUUGUGGCUGUAAUUGCCAUCUGUGAUUUCUUACGUUUGGUGUGCGUGUGUAUACAUUCCAAAAAUGAAUUUAACUUGUUUUUGAACAAGGCAAAAACAACGAAAAGUGAAACAAGUGAAGCAGAGUGUUUCCAGAUGCACUUUAAGUCUAAAAGGUUACUGGUCCAAUUAAAAUAAUGCUGUCUGUUAAAGUUGGUCAUUAAUUGCCUUAACUGCUCACACAUGCUCUCAUAUGAAAUUACAAAAUUAGUAUAAUUUGAAAGCAUGCUUCAAAGAAACAUGCUCUGGGACUGCCGAUAUUACCUCCAAUUUCAUUAAGGGGAUGUAUAUAUUAUAUAUUAGUUCAGGAAGACGUAAUUAUAGAAGUCAUGUUGCAGUCUGUCGAGUAUAUAUUUUGAAUACAUUUGUAUAAAAGAGCAUGGGAGGCAUUUCAAAGCAGCCAUCUUGGUGAGUCCGCAACACAGAUGUACGUUUUACUGUUACUACAUUGUUGCCAUUGUGUGCCCAAGCAAUGAAAAAAAACAUUGUUAAAAAUAUUUUACUAUUCAAAUUGGAUAAAAGUCAUUCCUGAUCUUUUACAACAUGUUUGGCCAUUUUUUUAGGUCCACCUAGGUACAACUGACGCAGCCUUGCAAUAAAUUAUUUUCAUGGAGAAGAACAUUUUAGAUUCACUCAACUUUAAGUGAUUUCCCAUAAGUACUUUUUUUUUUUUUUUCCAGUGCUUUCAAACAAAAUAUUGGGAUAAAUGUCACUCUCAAGAGUCACUGUUCUGGUCCGACGCCCUCCUCGAAAUAAGCCAAGCGUUUUGAGAAUAGAAAACGCUAAACUGGGAUGUGUUUUUAUAGAGCAGGGCAGCUUUAGCCAACAGCUCCAAUCCCAUCACAUUGAUUGGACUGUAGGUUGAAUGACUCCUGAUACCCAUUAGUUCACAUACUCCGCCGCUAUUGAUUUAAGCAGAUUUAUUGUUGUGACUUUGACUUUCAGAUCACAAUUAUAAUAUUAAUAUAUACAUAUAUUUAA